UCAUCGGGCCAAUUGAUAGUUCAAAAAACGCUGCGUUCAGCACUAUAAAGCGCGCAAUCUUGAUAAUAGCACGGUAAACAUUUCCGAACGCUCUGCUGCUCCAUAAUGCACCUGCUAGCUGCUGACAAAGUGUUCUGCCUGCUCGUAGUCACAGCAGUGCAGCAGUUGCUGGUGCAUUCACAAUGCACCGUGAAUCUGCAGGAAGAGCUGGGUCCACUGGAGCCGCUGUUCAUCAAGGACAAUCAACUGUGGGCGCCGGAAGGACCUGAGUUGAGCUGGGAAGCUGGGGAGUCCACUUUGGUGGCUUGUUCUAAGGUCAAGCUGAACAACAAUGACAAGCAUACCUCUUCGUUGACCUGCGUUUCCGGUCAGGAGUUUCUAGUGGACGAUGAACCAGUGCUUGCGUUGGAUGUCCAAUGCUCUGGACGUAUGACCGGAGAUGCACUGGCAACGGAGGAGAGCUGUGGUGUUAAAGGAACGUUGCUUAAGCUGGGCUUCGACGUUGAGGGCGUGGGAUUUCUGACGUACAUUGAGUCGUGUUACGAUCGACCAGAAGCAUCGGUGAUCUACACCAAACACGUGAUUCCUGGUGCUGCUAUUGAACAUGCAAUCAAGGAACAGUACCGUCCGAGCUUCAAAGUGGCUGGAGCUGCAGCACACGUGAGUCCAGCGACCUCCUACACUCAAGAGGCUCAAUUGCAACGGCUCAGCGAACUGCUGGGAUCGGAGGACCAAGCCAAGAAGUUUAUCCAAGGCGGAUCGCAUUACCUAGCCCGUGGCCACCUGGCCCCGGAUGCCGAUGGAAUCUACCGGUCCUGGCAGUGGGCGACCUUCUUUUACGUAAAUGUUGCACCUCAGUGGCAGAUUGUCAACGCCGGUAACUGGCUUGUGGUGGAGAAUCUGGCACGUGCCAAGGCAGCCCAGCUCGGGCAAGAUGUGAUUGUCUAUGACGGAGUGCACGACAUUCUUCGGCUGCCACACGUUGAUGGCACGCCGGUGCCGAUAACGCUUGAGGCUGGCGGAAUCCGCGCACCCAAGUGGUACUGGAAGAUAAUUGUUUCGUCGUCGUCGUCGCGGGCAGGAAUUGCGUUCGUUACCAACAACGAUCCGUUCCGGACGGAGAUGCCUGCCGAGGAGUUGCUCUGCGAAGAUGUUUGCGAACGGUACGGUUGGGCUGGGAGUAGUUUUGAAAAUUUCGAGCGUGGUUAUACCUAUUGUUGCACGGUGGAAAGUUUACAGGCUGCAAUUGAAGACAUUCCGAGGGAUUUGAAGGUGGAAAGUGUGCUGGAGAAAUAAGUCGUUAUCGCGUAAAUUGUUAUCAACCUGCGCUUCGGCUAUUGGAUUGGUUCUUAUCGGCUUUGAGCGGGGAGAGGGCCACCAUCGAGUAUCGGUAAUUGGAGCACGAUACCCCAAAGCCAUUGCA